CUGUGAAAGCCAGGCAGACUGUAUUUGGAUGUCUGAAGGUUGAGACAGGAACGUUAGUGCAUGAGACUUGAACAAUAAGUUCCGACAUUAGAAGCUGGUCUACAAGAAGUCGAUACACAUUCAAGUGAAAUGUCAAUGCAAGUUAAUCACCAACUAGCUGGUCACCCUAACCAGGCUCCAGUGGUUCUUAUGCAGCAUGCUCCACAAGUGAUGUCCCUCGGUAUAAGCAACAUGGAACACAUUGCCCAAGAAAUGCAGUUGCUUGAUACUUUCAGAUUCCACAGAGUUGAGAUGCCUGAAGCGUAUCAUGAGGGUUUGAAUGAUGUAAGAGAAGUCUCUGGACAUACUGAAGAGAAGCAGCCAGUGUAUCAGCGUAUGAAAUGGACAGAUGACAUGGUUAAGCUUUUGAUUACUGCUCUUUCUUACAUUGUAGAAGAUCCUUUGUGCCGUGGGGUUUUCGUCAAGAAGGGUAAAUGGAGGGCCAUUUCCUGUGUUAUGGCUGAAAGAGGUCAUCAUGUGUCACCUCAGCAAUGUGAGGAUAAGUUUAAUGAUCUGAACAAAAAGUUCAGGAGACUAAAUCAGGUACUUGGGAGAGGCACUGCAUGUGAUGUCGUGGAGAACCCUGUGCUUCUAGAAAUGAUGGACCUAUCUUACGAAUUGAAAGAGGAAGUGAACAAGAUUUUAGGGAGCAGACAAUUGUUCUAUGAAGAAAUGUGCUCAUUCAACAACCGGAAUAGAUUAUUCCUUCCCCAUGAUCAGGAAGUUCAGCAGUCUGUGUAUUUGGCUGUGAGAGGUAACUACAAGUAUGAACUUGGAAGCAUGUCCCAGGAUCUGCCUUUGAAGAGGAAGAUAAGAGGAGAAGAAAGAGUUUCAAAUAUGGCCUGUGCAUCUCUGGACUGUACCACUAUGGUAGAUCCGUGUUUGGUGCAGGAUAUGCCUGCAAAGAGGAAAGUAGGAGGAGAAGGAAGACAUUUGAAUAUGUCCCAUUUAUCUCUGAACGAUGCCACUGCAUCAAAUCCAGAUCCAAAUGUGCUUCAUCCUAAUAGCAAUGGGAUUCACUUUUCUAUGAAUAAUGAGGAGAAAGAAGUACAGGAUGAGCACAUCCUCCCCUGCUUACAAAAAUUGGAAGAACAAAAGCGACAGAUUCAGGCCCAAAUUCUGCAGUUGGAGAGGCAGAGGUUCAAGUUCAUGAGUUGCUGCAGUGAUGAAGACAGGGAGCUACAAGAGAUGAUGCUGGAUAAUGAAGUGAUCAAGCUUGAGAAUGAGCAAUUGAUGCUUGAACUCAAGCGUGGUGGAGCCAGCGUUUAGACUGAAUCAUGUACCUGUGUUGCAGUGUAUGUGGUCUGUACUUUUCUGUCUUGAAGCACCUUUUCUUAAACUUUCAAUGAGUAUUUUCUUUUCUUGUUCAUGUUUUCUGUCUGUUGGUGUAAGAUGUGCAAACUUUCAAUCUCGUCUCGUUCGGCCUUAAGAAUGUACCAUUACUCUGUUGGCACUAACUCCGGCUACUUUAUUUUGAUGAGUUUGAUACCGU